AUGAGGACGAGUUGUCCUGCAAUCGCUUGCCAUCUGAGUCAUAUGUUUUGUUUGGCUCACUUUGUGGCAGUUUGUGUUCCUGAAGAACUCCUCAUUCACGUGGAUCAGGUCACACGGUCCACUGUUAUUGUUUCAGAUAAGGUAGGAUUGUUAAAUGGUCUUAGCAGUUGGUUCUUUCUCCUGAAUAAAGAACCUGAUUUCAGCACCUGUAAAUAUAAUGCUUUCUCGUUUCUUCCACGAUUUCUUUACGAACAAUUUCGUAGAUAUAACAAUAUCUUCUUUUUAACGAUAGUGCUUCUUCAACAAAUUCCUGACGUGAGUCCAACGGGUCGCUACACUACAGCAGUUCCUUUUAUAUUAAUCUUAACAGUGUCGGCUUUCAAAGAAAUCUUCGAAGAUAUUAAAAGAAGACGAUCAGAUUACAAAGUUAACUGUUUUGGUACCACUGUAUUGGAAAAUAACUCUUGGAAACACCGAGAAUGGCGAGAGGUGUUCAGACAAUUUUGGUUAAGAGGGUUUCUUCUGUGUUUGCUGAUUUGUGUGAUUCAGAUCAGAGUUGGUGAUGUGGUCCGGGUGGAUAACGAUCAGUUGUUCCCAGCAGAUUUGAUGCUGCUUGCGUCAAGCGAGCCUCAGAGCAUGUGCUACAUCGAAACUUCAAAUCUUGAUGGAGAAACCAAUCUUAAAAUAAAACAAGCAUUAUCCAUCACCUCAACUAUGACCACUCUAGAGAAAAUCUCUGAUUUCAAAGCAAACAUAGAGUGCGAGCUUCCAAAUCGGCACGUAAACGAAUUCAGUGGUAACCUCGUCUAUCAAGGCAGUUAUUUCCCUUUUGGUAUCGACCAGUUGCUUCUUCGUGGUGCGCGACUGAAAAAUACUCCUUGGAUAUUUGGCGCUAUAAUAUACACAGGGCACGACGCUAAGUUGUUAAUGAACUCGAAAACCGCUCCACUGAAAAGCGCAACGGUCGACGUAAAGACGAAUAGUCGCAUUAUUUUUCUGUUCGUCGUACUUCUUUUGUUAGCGCUUGUCAGUGCCGUUGGGACAGAACUUUGGAGAAAUUUCAAUCUUCCCGAUGCAUGGUAUAUCUCAUUCUUGGAGGUGGACACAAGAGCGUCGUUUUUAUGGCAUGUUUUAACAUUCUUUAUUCUAUACAAUAAUCUUAUUCCUAUAAGUUUACAAGUUACACUUGAGAUUGUGCGGUUUUUCCAGGCUAGCUAUAUUAAUAUCGAUGUAGAAAUGUACGAUGUGAACAGUGACUCUUGUGCGGUUGCUCGCACCUCAAAUCUAAACGAGGAACUUGGCUUGGUAAAAUUCUUGAUGAGUGACAAGACAGGAACGUUAACCCAAAAUGUAAUGAAGUUCAAGCAAAUAUCAGUGGCGGGAGAGAUUUUUGGUGACAACGAAUCUGAUGAGUUUGCAGAUGAAGAGGUCAUUAAUCGUUACCGCACUGAUCCUACGUCAGCGAGUGCUGUCGCUAUCAAGGAAAUUUUGACUAUGAUGGCAGUCUGUCACACUGUAGUACCAGAGAAAGUUAAUGGAAAGCUGUCCUAUCAGUGUUCAUCACCGGAUGAAGGUGCUCUUGUACGUGGUGCGGCGGCUCAAGGAUUUUUGUUCCAUACUCGCCAACCACAGAAAAUGAUAAUAGCUGUGCUUGGGAAGGACGAAGAGUUUGAAGUGCUUGACGUUAUUGACUUUACUAGUGACAGAAAACGAAUGAGUGUUGUAGUGCGUGACAGUGCGGGAGUCAUCAAGCUGUACACUAAAGGAGCCGAUACGGUUAUCAUGGAACGUCUAGUUGCUGGUUCAGAAGCGGAUAUAGAUGUAUGUCAUAACCACCUCGAGAAAUUCGCAUCAUAUGGGUAUCGUACUCUUUGUUUCGCUAUGCGUGUAAUUGAAGAGGAUGAAUACAAACGUUGGUCGAGCGAGUAUCGAGCUGCAGGAGUUCUUAUCGAAGGUCGGCAAAAAGCGCUUGUUGAUGUAGCUGAGAAAAUAGAGGUUCAAAUGAAACUCGUUGGCGCAACGGCUAUCGAAGACAAACUGCAAGAGUUUGUUCCGGAGACCGUGCAAACAUUGAUGGCUGCGGAUAUUCGAGUAUGGAUGUUGACCGGUGAUAAGAGAGAAACCGCUAUAAAUAUUGGCAUGUUUGAUCGGGAGUUUGCAAUGGUCAUCGAUGGGAAAUCUCUCACCCAUGCCUUGGUGGGUAAAUGUCGAGUACACUUCGGUGAACUUGCUCUUGCAUGUCGUUCUGUUGUUUGCUGCCGUAUGAGCCCAAUGCAGAAGGCUGAGGUAGUCGAAAUGGUUCAAAGUCUUGGUAACCAUGUUGUGAUGGCUGUAGGUGAUGGUGCCAACGAUGUUGCUAUGAUCCAGGCAGCAAAUGUUGGCGUUGGAAUAUCAGGCGAAGAAGGUCUCCAAGCGUCAUCAGCAUCUGAUUACGCUAUUCCGAGGUUUCACUUCUUGAGAAGACUUCUUUUAGUCCACGGGGCUUUGAAUCACGAUCGUUCUGUGAAAGUGAUUUUGUAUAGUUUCUACAAGAAUAUAUGCCUCUACAUAAUUGAAUUAUGGUUUGCAAUUUUCUCUGCAUGGUCAGGGCAAACAAUAUUCGAGCGAUGGACUAUUGGAUUGUUCAACGUCAUUUUCACUGCAUGGCCUCCAAUAGUUUUGGGAUUGUUUGAUAGGCCUAUUGAACCCGUGCAGAUGAUGCGAUAUCCUUCCCUAUACCACAGUUUCCAGAAGCGAUCGUUUUCAAUAAUGCAAUUUCUUCUCUGGAUUGGCAUGGCUCUUCUUCAUUCACUGUCUUUAUUCUUUCUGUCCUACGGUUAUUUAAGCUCUCAGGUAGUUUGGAGUAAUGGUCGGACGGGUGGUUGGGUUAACUUCGGCAAUAGUGUCUACACGUAUGUAGUCGCAACGGUAUGCCUGAAAGCGCUGCUGGAAUGUGAUUCAUGGACAUGGCCUGUAGUACUCGCUAGUAUCGGCUCACUUUCUGUGUGGCUUCUCUUUUUGUUUAUAUAUGCUGCAAUAUUCCCAACAGUAUCUACUCGAAUCGGUGGCAGUAUGACCGGUAUGGCUUGGAUUAUGAUGUCUUCUCCAUUGUUUUGGAUAGCAUUGUUGUUUAUCCCUUCGGUCACGUUGUUAUGGGAUCUCAUUAUUAAGAGGUGA